ACAAGAAAUUGUGAUGAUUGAUCCUUUGCACCUUUUUCAAAAAAAAAUUUUUUUGAAUUUUUUUUUUUGAAAUUUUUUUUUCAAAAAUUUCAAAACACAAACUCUAUAACUCUGCCUAUUCAGGCUAAAAAACUCUGAAAUUUUCAAAUUUCUUAUUGAAACCUCGGAAAACCUUAUGAUUUUCCUGCUUUUCCUCAUAUUCCCCCACUACAGUACCCCACAGACUAUAGAAUACGUGGCUGCGAGCCCAAAUCCACCCCAUGGAUGUCCGAAUUAUGGGCUUUGUACAGAUGUUACUACUACUUUAGUCAGCUCUACUAAUGUCUCUACAACUUAUAAAUAUGGUUGUGCUCCGGAAAAUUGCUAUUGUGUGGAUGGGACUACUAAUGGCACGGAGCCAUGUGAUACUAUCGUGGACCAAUGUGGUAAUGAUCCUUGUGGCACCCCGGAUAAAUUCAAUUGCACAUCAAAAAUUGAGAGUUAUGACUGCACAUGUCAAGCCGGAUUUACUGGGGAAAAAUGUGAUUCAGAAAUUGGCAGUGCUUGUGCCACGUCACAGUGUCGAGAAGGUUCCACGUGCGAAGCUUCAGACAACUCGACCACUGGAUACACCUGCCGCUGUACAGAUAAGCAGUAUGGGACAUACUGUGAAAACGACAAUUUAUGCGCUGACUGGCCGUGCCAAAAUGGGGGAACGUGCUCAAUGGUGCUGAGCAACUCGAAUUGGAUCUGUAAUUGUACGGAAGGAUGGCAAGGAAGACGUUGUGAGACCAAAAACUCCGUUCUAUCUUCUCCUGUUAUGGGCAAAUGUUACAAAUACGACUACGUAAAAAUUGGAACUCAUCAGACAAAAUACAAAGAUGAUAAAAUGACGUCAGACAAAUGCAAUGAAUAUGCUCAGGAGAAGAGCACGGACGACAAGACUUUGAAGUAUUUGACGCUCUGUGGAGAGUGGUGUAUGGUUUCGGAGGAUAUGCUUGUCAAGGACGAUGUUAGUAUGAAGGAUGACUGCAAAAAAUCCUGUGGCGGAGAUAGUUCAGAGUACUGUGGAAAAGUCAACUCGAGGUGUAUCGUUUAUGAAGCCGGCGAGAUGGAAACCGACCCAAACGCUUGCGAAGACAACUCUACGCUAUGCGGCGCCGAGCUAGGCCACGGGAUGUGCAUCAACUGGCAGAGUGACGUCACUGAUGGCUUUGCGUGCAUUUGUGAGCCAUUAUGGACCGGUCCGGAUUGUGAGAACCCGGUAGCGUCGGCGUGCACCCCAAAUCCGUGUGUAAAUGGAACGUGUGUGCUCAAUGAGCAGUACAACAAGUACAAAUGUGAUUGUGACGAUGGAUUUUCCGGAGACAAUUGUGAAUAUUCGAAAACCUGCACCGCUGCCACGUGUCUUUACGGCGGAACUUGCACGGAAACAAACAACGGGGGCUUCAAGUGUGACUGCUUGAAUCUGUAUUCGGGGAACCGAUGUGAAGAAAUCAACCGUUGCAAUUAUGGGGACCCGUGUGUGAAUGGAAAAUGCGAGACCACGGUGGACGGGAUCACCACAAACUACACGUGCACUUGUGAUGACGGAUGGACCGGGGCGAAUUGUGAAACUAUGAUCGACUUCUGCACUCCGGACCCUUGCAAGUACAACAGUACCUGCACUCCAAAAUUCAAGGGCUACGACUGCACCUGCCUGACCGGCCUGACUGGCGCCAAUUGCUCUGAAAUUAUCGAUUUGUGUGUUCCAUACUGGGACAAUGAAGCUUGGAAGUGGAUAAAAUCGCCGUGUAACUCGAAAGAUGACAUGGCGAAUUGCACGAAAAAAAUUAACGGAUUUACGUGUAGCUGUGGGGAGAAGUGGACGGAUACCUUGUGUGAUUUGAAUGUUCUUAUCAAAGACGUUUUGAUGGCAAUCUACGGCCACGUGGAUCUUACCAUGAUUACUCUUCUGAACGAUCUCAUGCAGAAUCCGUCACAAAUCAAGGACAUGGUGCCAUUCAUCACAGGAUUGCUUACGGAUAGUGAAAGAUCAGAUCUAAGCUGGGAUGCCGGGGAUUUGUUCAAUUGGAUAGCCUUUGAGGAUCAGAGAUUGGACUUGAAUAGAGACAUCCAUAAAUGGAAUGAUGUUGUACUGGGAAACUGCUUCACUUUUAACCACCGCGACCGCAACUUUACCUACCUGAUGAGAAGGCCCGGUAGGCAUGGAGGAAUCCAGGCAUUCAUGAAAACCCGACAAGACGAGUAUGCUCCGUGGUACGAUACCGCGGCGAUUAACGUUUUUAUUCAUAACCGCGAUGAUUAUGUGUUCUCAGAGUCUGUAAGGUACAAUGCACAGCCGAAUGCCCAGUCGACUAUUAAUAUUUUUAUGACAAGAUACACAAGGCUUGGAGGAAAUUAUGGAAAAUGUAUCAAAAAACCGUCGGAGGUCAAGAACUACUACUACCCAGGAGCUUAUACCACUGAUGGCUGCCUCCGCACGUGCUACCAAGACCGUAUGAAAGAGGAGUGCAACUGCAUGGACCCCAGAUACCCCCAGGCUCCAAAUUCAACGUCAUGCCAGUUAUCCGAGCGGAGCUGCGUCACAGAAGCGUCAGAAGCCGCCGGAGACCCAUCCACCUGGUCAUCUUGUGUAUGCCCGCUGCCAUGCUCGAAUCAAGAGUACUCGGUGACUUGGAGCAAGGCGAAUUUUGUGAAUUUGCCAAUAACGUGUGAAAAGUCUUCUGACGUGGCAACAUGCCAAAAACAGUACAAAGAUCAGUUGAUGGUGUCGAUAAUCCUUCCGCAAUUGGAUUUUAAGAUCUACGCGGAGACCCCUGCAAUGGAUUUCAACAAGUUUUUGUCACAACUCGGAGGUCAGCUAGGCGUCCUGAUGGGAAUUAACGUAGUAACUUUUAUUGAAGUAGUUUUUCUGUUUUUUGGAAUGUUUAUGGUUUUGUGCCAGAAAUAUGAAAAGUAGAGUUUUGUUAAUGAAUUAUUGAUUU